AUGACAACUAAAUCAGAUCAAGUAAUCACAUUAUCACAAAUAAACUCAAUAGUUGAUCCAAAUCUUCCCAAAAAAUCUAUAAUUUGGAAAGAAUUUGGUGAUUAUCUCGAUAAAAAAGUCAAUAUCAUUCAUAAUAAUAAGGGUAAAACCAAUUCAUUUUUAAAUCAUAACAAUAUCGAUAAUUCAUAUUUAUCACAAUCAAUAGAAUAUAAAAUUUGUAAAUCUUGUGAAAGACCUAUUGGUAUAAAUAGUUUAGAUAGUCAUUAUCCAAAGUGUGUUGAUAUGAAACAAAAAAGACAACAAGAAAUAGCUGAUAAUCAAGCUAAUAAUAAUGGAUCAAAUUCAUCUACUAUGCCAUAUAAAAAGAAAAGAAAAACUGGAGUUUUAGAUAUUGAUGUUUCAUCAUCAGUGGAUAGUACAAGAAAUAAUACUCCAAUUCCAAAUGGUGUAAAAGAUGCAGAUAAUGAAUCACAAAAUAAUUCAAAUAAUAAUACAUCAAAUAAUGCAGCAGGUAAACCCAAGAAGAAAUACAAAAAAUCUCAAGCUCAAAAGGAAAAAGAAGCAGCCAAUGCUGCCGCAGCAGCAGCUGCUGCUGCUACUACAAUUGAAAAACCAGUUAAAAAAACAAAAAAGAAUUCUGUAUCAAAUCAACCAUCAACAGCACCCAAUCCUGUAAAUCAAUCACAACAAAAGCCGAAAACAGUCACCAAACCAAAAGGUCCAGUUGAUGUUGAAAAACAAUGUGGUGUAGCUUUACCUUCAGGAGGAUUAUGUGCAAGGUCGCUUACUUGUAAAACACAUUCGAUGGGUGCAAAAAGAGCUGUUCCUGGGAGAUCUGCUCCAUAUGAUGUCUUGUUACAACAAUAUCAAAAACGAAACCAAGCAAAAAUAGCUCAAAAUAAUGCAUUAGCCGCACAAAGAAGAGAAAAUGCUGCAUUUAAUGACGAUGGAUUGGAUUUAAAUUUAAAUAAUGCCAAUAAGAUACUAGAUCCAGAUGAAGAAACUCAUUUAGUCUUGGAAGGAUUAUCUAAAAAUAACCCAAUUCCAUUAGAACGUAAAAUUAUCAUGCCCGUAAGAUAUAGACAUCGAUUCUUACAAGCAAGGGAAUUUUAUGCAAAUUCAUUGAUUAUAUCUGCUCAACAUUCACAACAACAGCAACAACAACAUCAACAAACUCAACAAUCAGGAGGUGGAGAACAACAAACUUUAGCAAAUCAAGCCAUUUCUGGAUCAAUAGGUGGUUUACAAGGAAGAUGUGCUUUAAUUAAUGUAGAUGCUCAAAUAUCUCAACAACAAGAUUCUCAUACUCAACUGUUUAGUGCUAUUCCUGGAGAAAUGUAUCAAGUUAGAGCUCCUUCAAAAGCAAUAUUAAUGACUGCUCAACAUAAUAAUAUUCAACAACAAGCUUUUCAACAACAAUAUUUGAAAUAUCAACAAGCUCAACAAGCUCAACAACAAGCUCAGCAGCAACAACAACAAAUGUUGAUGAGACAGAAACAACAACAGCAGCAACAACAGCAACACCAACAGCAGCAACCGCAACAUCAACCUCCAGCUCUGCAAGCUUCUCCGCAAAAGCAAGCUCAAACUACAUGA